AUGUCGGCUUUACCCGAGUACGAUGUUAUAAUAGUAGGAGCAGGAAUAUCAGGAUUAAGUGCAGCUCAUCAUCUACUGGUCAAGGAAGGAAGUCUUCGGGUCUUAGUUUUAGAGUCUUCUGAUCAAAUAGGUGGUAAAUUACAUACCUUAGGAAUGAGAACAAAAAAUGAUAAAUUCUCCACAUUUGAUAUGGGUGCUCAUUUUGUUUCAUGCAAACAACCACAUUUAAUGCAAAUGAUUCAGUCGUUGAAACUGAAUCUUCUGGACCAAGUCUCAGAUGGUUUACGUAUUGGACAAGCAAAUAAAAAGGAAAAAUAUAUAGGUUUAGAUGUGUUGGAGUUUUUGUCUGCUGUCUCUAAGUUAGAAUUGAAUAACUUUGUUGCUAAAAUGGAUGCCAUAAGUGUUGGUAUUUCAUUCAACAUUAGUGAUUAUGUAGUGGGUUAUUCGUAUUUAGAUAAUAUAGAUUUAGAAGAGUAUAUGUGCAGCCACUUGUUGACUUCAAGAGCUCGGGAAACUUUCAGGACCAUCAUCAGAAUCAUUUGUGGUGUAGAGCCUUCUGAAAUAUCCGUAUAUUAUUUUUUGUGUCUCUGCAAUUCUACAUUCGGUCUACAAAACUUUUUGUCAAAUAAGUUGGGAUCAAAGGAGUGCUACAUACAGGAGGGAUGUGGGAAAAUCGUUCGUCAGCUAUCGUCACAAAUUGGAUUCAAAUUCAUCAAACUCAGGGAAAAAGUCACAACUAUUACUCAAUCCAAAUUUUAUGUCACUAUUGAAACAAUGAAGAAAAAAUAUAUAUGUUCUUAUGCCAUUCUUGCCAUUCCACUGGAAGAUAUGUCAUAUAUUUCAUAUGAGCCAGAUCUUGGGGAAGAUAUAAAUAAUCUAUUUGAAGAAUCAACGGAUGCUUGCAUUUUACAAUUUAUAGCAACUUUUGAUGAGCGUUACUGGUUUGACCAAGGACUCUCAGGAGAGGUAUUUAGCUUGGAAGGACCUGCUCAAUAUAUAUAUGAUAUAUCAACGUCGUCCUCAUACGCUUUGACAGGAUUAGUGUACAAUAUCGAAGGCAUAACUGCUAGUAAUGAACUGCUAGAAAACCCAGAAAGAGUUAAAGAAUGCAUAAUAAACCAACUUUCUUUCCUCUUCGGGCCACAAAUGGAAAAUCCAAUUGCCUUUGAAUUUCACAAUUUUUCGAGCCCUAAGCCUAUUGGAUUAGGAUAUGCUAAAGCACUUAAUGAUAUGACUAAACUCAAAGGCCGUUUGCUUUUUGCGGGUGCAGAAACAGCAACCACUUGGCGCUUACAUGUUUCUGGGGCUAUACAAGCUGGACAACGGAGCGCUACAUUGGCUUUACAAGAGCUUAGGCCACAAUGUCUAAAUGUCAAAGAUUAUGUUUCUCUUCAUGCAAAGUUUUAUGAUGCAUCAGGAAGGGCAAGAACAAAUUUUGAUAGAACAGCACCCAAGUACGUUGAUCUAUAUGGAAUUACAGGACUCUUAAUAUGUGCAGUAAUUGCUUAUGUUGCUCGAAGGGUGUAUAAAUGCAUGUCACUUAUAGCUAAAUAA